UGUUCUCAAAUCGACAAUUUUUUUUAUCGGCGUGUGCGAUACGCUUACAAUACCAUCACUAACUAUUGUCAAAAACAAAAAUUAUUUUGCGUUUCCGAGGCAGUCUGUUUAUUUUUUGAAAUGGCCGAUCCCAACGUACCCAGGGGAGCUUUAAGUUUGCAGAAUGUGCUGAAGUAUACGGUGCAGCACCACGAUCCGAAUCCAAAUGCGGAAAUUCCAAAGUUGGACGAAACAGCAGAUGUUGAGCGCACUCAAUUUUUGGCCAAUGCCCUAAAUGCCCUGACAGUGGAUGCCGUGGCUAUUAUGAAAGAAGCUUUGUUCAUACUGGACAGUCCUCAGGCCAGCACAGACGACCAGAUCGAAAGCCUAGACGUCAUACGGAGCCACAUCGACGACAUCGACAAUGCCAUAUCCCUGGUGAAGCUGGGCGGAACAGCAACGCUACUUCGCUACAUAGCACCUGGAGUGGACAACGAAGUUCGCUCCUCGGCCCUCAACACGGUGGCUGAGGUGGCCCAAAACAAUGUGUUUUGCCAGAACGCCCUCGUAAACGAUAAAUUCCUUCCUGUCCUUCUAAAGAACUUGAGCGAUGCCGAUCAAAAUAUAGUUCGGUGUUCCUUGUACGCGAUAUCAACGCUGAUUCGAAACUUUGAGCCCGGAUACAUUGAGUUCAAGCGAAUCAAUGGUAUCAGCGCUUUGAUAGGCUGCCUAAAAAUUGCUAAUGUAAACGUAUUCGUAAAAGCUGCGUUCCUUAUUGCAUCUUUAAGCUCAGCCGACCAGUCAGUCAGAGAUGAUUUUCUAAAGGAAGACGUAUUUCCGGUGCUGGUGGAAAACCUAUCACCCGUUGAAGACUUUGAUAUCAAAAUAGAAACCACUCUUUUCGCACUGUCAUCACUUUCACGGGAAUCAGACCUGAAACUUUCGACCGAUAGGCGCGAGGAAAUUCUGUCUACCCUCCAACAAAUCAUUUCCAAGAACAAACAGUCCGAGACUUGUGAAGACAUGGUUAAUCAUGCAAGAAAUAUUGUGGACAACUUAAAUGCACGUUAAGGGCUAAUCAAAUAAGUUUUCACGUUAAAUGUAGGAUAAAUAAAAUGAGUUUCGAAAGUAUAUCUAAUUUACAAAACUUUUAGGAAAACA